CAGAAGUGUGUUUCUGUUCUGUUCCAGCUGGUCACACUUGCGGUGAUGGGCGUUGCGUGCAGCAAGAUCAGCGGUGGGCCUGAGGUUGGGGUGACGGAGGCCUAUAACAUGUGGAAGCCGCAGCUGGAGCGUGCUGUAUCAUCUCUCAACGUACCAGCAAUUGCGGCGGCCCAUGUUAUUAAGAGCUACGUCGCCCAGGCGCCGGAUGAAGUCUCCCUGGAGGUGGGAGACGUGGUGUGCAUUACUGAUAUGCCACCAAAGGAGCUGAGCCCCUGGUGGAGAGGCAAGCGUGGCUUUCAGGCUGGAUCUUUCCCUAGUGAGUGCGUGGAACUCAUUAGCGGAAAAGUUCCUGAGUUCCUGGUCAAUUCAUUGCAAAAGCCAGGUACACAUGUUACAUUUGAUAAUGUGGGUUAGUAAAAUGGGGUCAGAACGUGGCUUUCAGGGGUUUCGUUAAUGCCCGAGUUGAGCAAGAUUAGCAAGAGGACUGCAUUAAGCUCCAUCGGAACACGCAGAGAUCUGGCCCAAUCCCACUGUGUUUAUUACUGGGCUUGAGGAAGUCACAGAAUCCUCCUUGAAUGGCUUGGGAUUGGAAGGGGCCUAAAUGAUUCUCAGGCUCCAAGGCCCCUGCCUCAGUCUGGGUUGCCAGCCUGCGCAUUUAGCAGGAGACGAGAGCAGGCUGUCCAGGGCCCCU